AUGGGAUGUACAAUACAUGCAUACAUGUACUCUCCUAAGUACAUCCGGACAUCCUACCGAACGGCAACCGGGGAAACACCGUUCUCCAUGGCUUUUGGCUCGGAAGCUGUAGUCCCAGUGGAAAUUGGAGAGCCCUCCUACCGAACGGAAGCUUUCGCACUAAAGGCGAAUGAGGAGGCGCUCGCCUUGAGCCUCGACCUGAUCGAAGAACGCCGAGCACAGGUCAACCUUUGGAACGAAGCUUACAAGCAGCGCGUCUCUCGGUACUAUGACUCCAGGGUUAGACCCCGCUCGUUCCGAGUCGGAGAUUGGGUCAUGUGA